AUGAUCGGGGAUAGCGUAAGCCACAUCAUUCAGGCGUUGGCACUGGGGUGGCUGAUCGGAUACUUCGACGACGAGGCCUCGGCGAGUUGGGAGGGCUGGACGUACGCCUCCGUGGUCGUGCUGGGCGGGGUUUUCAUCUGCUUUUUUAUCCACCAUUUCUUUUUCGUGGGGUACACGCUGGGCAUGCAGCUAAGGAUCUGCACCACUACCAUCCUCUACGACAAGAUUCUACGACUUCGCCUCAGCUCGCUGGGACAGAUUUCCACCGGACACCUGGUGAACCUGACGACGACCGACGUAGAGGCGUUUCAAAUAGCCGGCACAUUCGUCAACUACCUCUGGGGGGCUCCCCUGGAGAGCCUGGUCAUCUUGUACUUCGGGUUGAACCAAGUCGGGGUUUCGUUUCUAGCGGGAUUUGCAGCGCUCGCGCUCAUGGUCCCUGCGCAGGGGGCGUUUUCCCGCAGGUUCUCGCAGGUGCGGCAGCGCGUGACAGUCCUGACCGACGAGAGGGUGAAGCUGACCAAUCAGGCCGUCGCGGGCGCAAGGCUGAUGAAGAUCAACGCCUGGGAGCCCGCCUUGGAGAAGGAGAUUCGCAGGGUGCGGGCGGAGGAGAUUCGCGUACUGCUCACGGCCACCCUGCUCCGAGCAGUCAACGAGGCCAUGUUCUUCAUACAGCCCGCCGUCAUAUCGUGCCUCGUGUUCGCCACGUACCACUUGCUCGGAAACGUGCUCGCCCCACGGCAGGUAUUCACCACGCUGGCGCUCCUCAGCAUCACCCAGUUCACGGUAGGAAAAUUCCUCUACCUGGCCGUCCAGACCUCCAGCGAGAGCUGGGUGUCCAUCAAGCGGAUAGAGACCAUCCUGCUCAUGGAGGCAAAGACGGCCGAGGCGGGAACGGCUUCUGCACCAACACCAGCGGCAGGAGUCGCUGUCGCUGGGGAGGCAAGGGAGGGACCGUCGAUGGCAGGGUCCGUUCGAGGCGUUCGUGAACCAGUGGGAGGUCGGGAUAGCGAUGGAGGGAAUGGUGCAGAGGAGUGGCCGGGUCUGGUUUCGUUGAAGGGGGCGAGCUUCCGAUGGACCAGCGGGAGGGAAGAGGACCAGCACGCCAAGGUUUUCCGCGGCUUGAUAGAGGGCAAGAAGAAGCGAAAGGAUCUAGGGAUCAGCGACGGCGCUGACGCUGCGCCAGGAGAGGGGGACAACGGAGCUGAGACAAACGCUGGAGGAUUGACCCUUGACGCCAUCGACCUGCGGAUCGAACCGGGGCAGCUGGUGGGAGUGGUCGGGCCAGUCGGCUCCUCCAAGAGCUCGUUGCUCAUGGCCAUGCUCAGGGAGAUCACACCGGAGAGGACGUCUGGCGGGGCAGGGACGGCGGCAGUCGAUGGUGGUGCCGGCCACGGCCACGGGGAGCGAAAUUGCCAGCCGCUUGUGUCUGUUUCGGGAAGCCUGGCAUACACCUCACAGGAACCUUGGAUUCAGUCGAGCACUAUACGGGAGAACAUCUUGUUCGGGAGAGCCAUGGACCAAAAGAGGUAUGACGCGGUGAUACGGGACUGUGCCUUGGAAAGGGACCUCUCCCUCCUUCCAUCGGGCGACCAGACCGGUAUCGGAGACAGGGGCGUCAAUCUUUCCGGGGGUCAGAAGGCGAGAGUGGGGCUGGCCCGCAUGGCCUACGCGCAUGCGGACACUUACCUUAUGGACGACCCGCUGUCGGCGGUAGACCCGGCCGUCGGUCGCGAGCUCUUCUCCAAGGUGGUGUGCGGCAGGCUCAAGGAGAGCACGAGGGUGCUCGUGACGCACCAGGUGCACUACUUGAGGGACCCCGAGGUGGACCAGAUCAUCGUCAUGCACCAAGGCAAGAUCGUCGGAAAAGGGAGCUACGAAGAGCUCGAAGCCAGCGGGAGCUUCGCCGCGCUCGAGCGUCCGAACUCGCCGACAAAAGCCACCAGGGGCGAGGCCAAUGUCGACCACGGUAGUAGUACCGUGAACCGUAACGCCGCAGGAGGAGUUUCCCGGUCCACCCGCGUCCGCAGCAUUAGCAGCACCGGCAGCGCCUACCGUAAGACGCCGCCACAGGCGACGGCGCCGGCCCACCCCUCCUCCACCUCGUCGCGCUCUGUCUCCAGCGCUGCCCCUGGCGGCAGGGGCGGCGCACCAUGUGAAGUGGUCGCCGCGGCGCCUGACGGAUCUUCAACAUCUUUGGAACCGACCGCUAUGGGAGUCGAGGGCAGCGAUAACGCCUCAGUAGAACUCCACCGAGAUCAGCAGCAGCACCAGCAGGAGAAGGAUGGUGGGGGUGUCGGACACGACGGCGAAGCUGACUGUUGGAGCGAAUCGGACGGGGACCAUAACGAGGGGGGGCUGUUGACAGAGGGUGCUAAGGAUGCGCCGCCGGAGCUCGUCGUCUCGGAAGACCAGGAGUCUGGGAGGCUGAAGCGCAGCACCUACUGGGAGUACAUCAGGGAGGCCGCUGGCGUCUGGCAGGUUGUGCUGAUCUUCUUCUCCAUGGCGGGAGGACAGGUGCUGGUGAUGGGGGUGACGGUUUGGCUGGCCAGGUGGUCGCGCCAGAGCGAGGAGGAGCAGGACCGGAGCCGGAACGUCAUCGUUCUCGCGCUUCUCACCGCAGCAGCCGUCGUGGUCUCCCUUUUCAGGGCCGUCCUAACCUUCUUCAGCCUUGUCAAGGCGUCGCACCGGCUGCACAAUCGAAUGCUCAAGCGGGUCGUCCGCGCUCCGGUGCUGUUCUUCGACUCCAACCCCGUCGGCAGGAUCCUGAACCGCUUCACUAAGGACGUGCACUUCAUGGACGACCUCCUGCCAAUGACCCUGUACGACUGUAUCAUGUGCGGCUUCAUGGUGAUGGGCAACACCCUCAUCAUCUUCUUCGUCAACCCCUGGGUGGUUCUCAGCUUGCUCCCAGCCAUGUGGUACUUCGUGCAUCUGAUGGGUUUCUACAUGAAGACGAGCAGGGAAGCCAAGCGGCUGGAGGCGGUGACCCGCAGCCCGGUGUAUUCUCAGCUGUCCGAGACGCUCGACGGCCUUGUCACCAUUCGAGCCUUCGGAAAGCAGCACCGGUUCCUCGGCCAGUUCACAGAAGUGGUCAACAUGAACACGAGGGCCUACUUCGCGUGGGUCUACACCGCGAGGUGGCUGGGAUUUCGGAUGGACAUGGUGGUGAUCAUCGUCCUCACUGCUAGCUGCUUCUUCUCCGUCGCAGUGAACGAGUACAGCAGUUCCGUCGAUGCGGGGCUUCUGGGAGCAGCGAUGGUGUACGUUCUUCAGCUGGGCGGGCUGUUCCAGUGGGCUGUCAGACAAGCGGCGGAGGUGGAGAAUCAAAUGGUGUCAGCAGAGCGUGUGCUGAGCUACUGUAGAGUGCCGCAGGAGGCUGCGUUGGCGUCCGAGCCGGUGUAUAAACCGGCGGAUGGGUGGCCGGCCGAGGGCAACAUCGAGGUUCGCGACAUGUCUAUGCGAUACCGCGACGAUCUUCCCCCAGUACUGAAGGGACUGACCCUGUCCAUCAAGGGAGGGUCGAGGGUAGGAGUAGUCGGCAGGACGGGUGCGGGAAAGUCCAGCCUCAUCGCCGCGCUGUUUCGGCUCGUGGAGUACGACAGGGAAAGGGGGGGAAUUGAAAUUGAUGGCGUGGACAUCUCUAAGGUGGGCCUGCACGACCUGAGGCCCAGGAUGUCGGUGGUGCCCCAGACUCCGUUUCUAUUUUCCGGCUCGAUGCGGCUAAACCUCGACCCCUUCGGAAAGCAGUCAGAUGCACACAUGUGGGCCUCGCUGGAAGCAGUGCAGAUGAAGACCUACGUUCAAUCGCUGGCGGGCGGGCUAGAUGCUCCCGUGGCGGAGGGCGGCGGCAAUUUGUCCGUGGGGCAGCGGCAACUGCUCUGCCUCGCCAGGGCGGUACUCCAGAGGUCUCAAAUUCUUGUGAUGGACGAGGCCACCGCUAACAUCGACCAACACACUGACUCCCUCAUCCAAGACGUCGUGCGGACGUCGUUCAAGGGCAAGACGGUCAUCAUGGUGGCUCACCGCCUCAACACCGUUAUAGAUUGCGAUCAGGUCGUGGUGUUGUCGGAGGGCAGCGUCGUGGAAGCGGGGCACCCUCACGUGCUUCUCCGAGACCCCCCAGCGUCCUGUGGUACCACUGCUGCUGCCUGUGAAACCUCGGCUGCCGCUUAUGCAACACUAUCUUCGAUGGUUGACGAGACUGGCGUUUCCAGCGCCAUGCACCUGCGGCGCUUGGCGCAGGGAGCGUGGAACGCGUCGGAAGGGAAAGGGGGCGGGGUGUAGCCGUUCUUGGAUGAUGGUGACCCCACUCCGAGGACUACGGGUAGUAACUGAACGGAACAUGUCGUCACUAGCGCUACAUUCGGCGUGUCGGGGAAGUGGGGCGCGCAUGCAUGGGUUCUUGCAACUAUGUGGGGGAAUGUUUACGCAAAAACACAGACCGCCCAGCGGUGUGCACGGUGCCUAUGGCGUGCUCGCAUGCUCUAGUGGGUGUUCGUGUGGAGCGUUUAAGAGUGCCGAACGGGAGACAAAAUUAUGGAAGCAGGGCAGAGACUAUUGUUGAUGACCUGGUACCGAUAUUGUCUGCUCUUGCUUCACUAUAUGAUGCCCACAACACACCGCUAAUCGAAGCCCGCUAGCCUACACUAUAUCCUGGCUCGCUCAUAGACCCCCUCCCCCU